GGUUGGUGGGGGGUGUGGGGGGUUGUGUGUGUGUGUGUUUUUUUUCCCCACAGUUCAUUUCCACCGCGAACCUCAGUGCUGUUGAACGGGGUCCCCAAUAUGAGCGUCGGCUUCAUCGGAGCGGGUCAGUUGGCCUUCGCUUUGGCGAGAGGUUUCACUGCUGCGGGUGUCCUGGGUGCUCAUAGGAUAACGGCAAGUUCACCAGACCCUGAGCUGCCCACUGUUGGAGGCCUCAGGAAACUGGGCAUUAACUUCACUUCGAGUAACAAGGAGACGGUGAAGAGCAGCGAUGUCCUGUUCCUUGCUGUGAAGCCACACAUCAUCCCUUUCGUGUUGGAUGAGAUUGGCUCCGAAAUUGAGGAUCGCCACCUGAUUGUGUCCUGUGCUGCUGGAGUCACCAUCAACUCAAUUGAGAAGAAACUUUCCGCUAUCCGUGAAUAUCCCAAAGUGAUCCGCUGUAUGACCAACACCCCGGUGGUGGUGCGGGAAGGUGCGACUGUGUACGCCACGGGGACACAUGCAGACGUGGAGGACGGGAAGCUGCUGGAGCAGCUGAUGGCCAGCGUUGGCUUCUGCGUGGAGGUGGAGGAGGACCUGAUCGAUGCAGUCACUGGACUCAGUGGCAGUGGCCCUGCUUAUGCUUUCACGGCUGUGGAUGCUUUGGCAGACGGGGGAGUGAAGAUGGGAUUGCCUCGCAGACUGGCAGUGCGACUGGGGGCACAGGCGUUGCUGGGAGCAGCCAAGAUGUUACUGGAGUCGGAGCAGCACCCUGGUCAGUUGAAGGACAAUGUCUGCUCCCCAGGAGGUGCCACCAUCCAUGCCCUGCACGUCAUGGAGAGUGGGGGAUUCCGCAGCCUCCUAAUCAAUGCUGUUGAGGCCUCCUGCAAGAGGACAAAUGAGCUGCAGUUUCUGGCUGACCAGGAGACUGUGUCCGCCGCCUCCAUUAAGAAGACCACCCUGGACAAGGUGAAGAGGACUGCCUCCAAGGCUGGGAUCAGCCUCUUCAACAACAAGUAUCCUGGUAGCAAGAAGCCCUAAAUUGAGUCACUGAGUAAAAGGAGAAAACCGCUGUCACCAAAACUGUACAACCUGGCAUAUAGUAAAUCAGCCUAAGUGCCAGUAAGGCUCUUAUCUCUGGAACUUGCACCCCCAUCUCUUUAAAUCCCACCUGAGAGCCUAACUACUUUGACAGGACCUGAAGUCCCCUCACCCCCUCUCCUGCCUAGUUCACUGUCUAACCCCAACAUGGGCACAAUGGGCCAAAUGGCCUCUUUCUGUGCUGUAAGAUUCCAUGAUAACACCACACAGUACUUUGAUGCUACACUGUGUGACAACACUAUAUAAAUACUUGUGAUUCCUUCCAUGCCUACUUAACUUUGAUGUCCAAAUAUAAGUGCACUGAGAUUUUACUAGAGUAAAAUCAAGAUUGGGAGGUUGGCUUAAGGUUUUUAAACCCCCCCCACCACUGCUUCCAAUGUUUUUGCAUUUUGAUAAGUUACCAGACAACAGACAUUUCUCCCCACCCCAACAUAAUUCAUCUGUCAGAUGGGUGUCUAAUGCAUAUCAACCUUCAUCCCUGUGCUUAAAAUAUCCAAGCAUGGAAACUAGAAUGGGAGUAUACAUACUCUACUCACCCCCCUUUUUUUUCCCCCUCUCCAAAAGGAAGCACUUUACUUACCCAAUCCCACACUGUACUAAAGUUAAUAAAAGACCAGGGUUAGAAAAUGUGAAAUGCAUAAUAAAAUUCAUUUUUAAAGGAUGCUGCCUCAUGUGAAAGGUGCUACAUAUAAUCAAAUGUAAGUAUUGUAUUUGGGUUGUGGCUGAAAAAANUUCACUAAGAUAGUGAAAGAGUUGAAGACUCAACAAUUUACGGUAACCACUUUUCUAGACUAAUUAUUUCAACAUCUGUGAGUCUAUCGGUCGAUCACAUGUCGUGGUGGCAUACUUUUGACUUUGGAUUAGUAAUUUGCUUAAAACUUCACAUUAGUGUAUUGUCUGCACCUAAAAUUGUGAGUAAUCCACCCUGGGCAAGAUUGUCAUUGCACUGUAUACAGAAUUAUUUUUUGAUAUUGCCAUACAAUUCUGUCUUUUUUGGGGUGACAAUUUUCCUUAACUUGCAUACAAUAGUGAAUGAACCCGCUCCUCUCUGCUGGAAUCCCAGUGGAGAUUAAACGGCCCAAGUCCUUAGAGAGCCAAAAUCCUUGCCUAACCCAUUUUGUGUGCCUCGACUUCAAAGGAGAGCAUUGCUGCAAACACUGCUGGGGAGAAGAUGGAAACCUGGAUGGUGGCAUCAAGAACAUCUUUUGGAAUGCUGAAUUUUGUACAUUAGUCAUGUUUAUUCAUUUGCAAGGGGAAGAAAGCGAGGAAAUCUUCCUCUAAUAGGGGACUGAGUCAUUUAAGAGGAUUUCUAACUGGGACAGGAAACUAAAGUUUCACCCUGAUCUCUGGGACCCUCUGAGGUUGAAGUGAAGUUCCCAUGCUAUCUGUGCCUCUGGUCUUUGGAAGGGUCCCUCCUCCCCUUACUACACCACACAGUGAUACACAUUGCACGCAAUUACUUAACGAUUCUGGUGAUUGUUGCAAGAAAUCUCUUGCGUGUUGAACUGCUGCGUAGUUUGUUGCCCAAAGUGUGUCGCUGAGCCAUUGCACUUUGUACAGUUUCAUUUUGUCAAUAAACCCAUUCCAUAAGAUUGAAA